GGCCAGUUGGCGGGGCGCGGCGCGGCCGUCCCCGGGUUGAGACGGGCCGCCGCAGCGGGCGUGACAGCUGGCCAGGUAAACACCAUGUCUGCAGAAGUUGAAGAAACCCUCAAGAGGAUUCAGUCCCACAAGGGGGUGGUGGGAGUCAUCGUGGUGAACUCAGAAGGUAUUCCCAUCAAGAGCACAUUGGACAACCCCACCACCAUCCAGUACACCGGCCUCAUCAGCGGCCUCACGGACAAAGCGCGCAGUGUGGUGCGGGACCUUGACCCAACAAAUGACCUCACUUUCCUGCGGGUGCGCUCCAAGAAGCACGAAAUCAUGAUUGCCCCGGACAAGGAAUACAUGCUGAUUGUGGUCCAGAACACCAACGAGUAACUGACCCGCCCUGACCCUCGCCGCCCCGCACCACCCUUGUGUAUGUGUGUCCCUUCAGUGCCGUGUUCUGUGCCCUUCAAGGUGAUGCUUCAAUAAACUGUUAAUUGUACAUA